AUUCAAAACGCGAACAAGAACGAAAAAGGAAAAAAAAUAGAAACCCCAAUAACGCCUCAGAUCCUUGCUCCUCAGAUCAACGGAGCCUCAUCGCGAAGGAGCUUCGUCUUUCCCACCCCGAAUUUCCAGACAAGUCUCUCGAUUUUUUAUCAGAUCGAGCGCUCAAUGACCACCGAUCCGCUCCCAAAACCCUAACCUAACCCCAUUCCCACGCUCCGAUUCCUCCCCUCAAACCCUUUCCCCACAAAUCCACCCAAUAUAUCAAGAAUUAGCCAGGAGUGGGGCAUCUAUAGAGAGAUGAAGAGAGGCGCCGGAGGCGGGGGCGGCGAGGGGAGGGAGGAGAUGAGUGGAAGGGAGAACUCGCCAUUGGCGUCUCUGGUGACGGGGCGACUGUUCACCGUGGGGCUGGUGACGGCCUGGUACUCGUCCAACAUUGGGGUGCUCUUGCUCAACAAGUACCUCCUCAGCAACUACGGAUUCAAGUACCCGAUCUUCCUCACUAUGUGCCACAUGACGGCGUGCUCGUUCCUCAGCUACGUCGCCAUUGCCUGGCUCAAGCUGGUCCCGAUGCAGACCGUGCGGUCCCGGCUCCAGUUCUCAAAGAUCGCGGCUCUGAGUUUCGUCUUCUGUGGAUCGGUCGUCAGCGGCAACGUCUCGCUGCGCUACCUGCCCGUGUCGUUCAACCAGGCCGUCGGCGCGACGACGCCGUUCUUCACGGCGGUGUUCGCCUACGUUAUGACUCUCCGCCGCGAGGCCUGGGUCACCUACGUCACCCUCAUCCCCGUCGUCACCGGUGUCAUCAUUGCCAGCGGGGGUGAGCCGAGUUUCCAUUUAUUUGGUUUUAUCAUGUGCAUUGGUGCAACUGCUGCAAGGGCACUAAAGUCAGUGUUACAAGGGAUUUUGUUGUCCUCUGAGGGGGAAAAACUGAACUCAAUGAAUCUCCUUCUGUACAUGGCUCCAAUAGCAGUUAUUUUCUUACUUCCAGCAACACUUUUUAUGGAGGAAAAUGUGGUUGGGAUUACAAUAGCGCUUGCUAGAGAAGAUAUAAGAAUUAUAUGGUACCUGUUAUUCAAUUCUGCUCUGGCAUAUUUUGUGAACUUGACCAACUUUUUGGUGACCAAACAUACCAGCGCCUUGACACUCCAGGUUCUUGGAAAUGCCAAAGGUGCUGUGGCUGUGGUAGUCUCAAUUUUAAUAUUCAGGAAUCCUGUAUCAGUGACUGGGAUGCUUGGUUACUCUCUCACAGUUAUUGGGGUCAUUCUAUACAAUGAAGCAAAGAAACGUUAUAAGUGAGCAUCUCUGGAACAGAGGAGCAGGUGUUCAUUGUAAGGCAAUAGCUUUACCAGAAACCUGAGGUUGCGUGGCAUGCACAUGUGACUGAGGCAUUUCUUGCACCCUAUUCUUUUCUGGGAACCAGGAGAGGGUCUCCCUUUGUAUCCACAAUGAAGACCAGUUAGCUGGCAGGGCAAAGAAAUUUUUCAGUAAAGAACAGAUUGGUUCCUCUGUGGGGUGCAUGCUGUCCCCAGAUCAUCCUGAUGGAGGAUACGAUGCUUGUAAUUCUUUGCACAAAGACAGGGUUUUACUUUAGUAAUAUUUUUUUUGAAUCCUCUUUCCAAUUGUUGGCGAGAUGUCUUUUACUUUCAAAAAAUUCUUGAUGCGGUGAGGAUCUGAAUUUGCAAUUCUUCAAGAUGUUAUAGGAUACCUUGUAAUAUAUGUAAGCAUCAUUCAUUCCAUCCUUGUCUCCUCAUUUUGGUGUGAAUCCUAAAAUACAAUGUUCAGAA